AUUGCUGUAGUACCCUCAAUAUAUACUACCUCAUUUUACCCAAACACAACUAAAUCCUCCUUCCAUUGACAUACCAUCUUAUCAGAGAUGCUCUCCUUUCUUAAAUCAAUCAAUCUUCCAUUUCUCUUGGAAUUCAAUCAAUCAAUCAAAUCAAUAUAUAGAAAACAAUUCCAACCAUUUCCCUUGGUAUUCAAUCUAUGCUUUGAUCAAAUAAGCUCAGAAACAAAGAAUAAUUAUUAUAUGAAAGCAGCACCCACCAUUGACUUACCAUCUUAUCUGAGAUGCUCUCCUUUCUUCAAUCAAUCUUCAAAUUCAUGUCCUAUUAAUCAUUCUAAUUUUAAGCCAAAUCCUUCUCAAUCUAAGGAAAACCAUUUUGUUCAUAACAUCUUACUUGGUUUUAAGCUCUUGUUGUCUGCUCAUGCUCAUUUAAUUCCUACUCAACAUACCUUUCUUGGCCUUAAGAUCAGAGUGGAGAGCAAUCAUAAAAAAAUUCUUGGUGAUCUGGAUGAAGUAGCAGUGGCCACACAUGGAAAGGAUCUUCUGGCUUAUGAAUUGGAAGCUGAAGAUGCAAUAGGAAUAAUAUUGGACUUUGAAGAAUAUUGGACUCAUAGUUGCUCUAUUACUUUUACAGAGGCAAGUAGAUUGGUUGAAACAAAUCUCACUUCUGAUAUACGCGGCAGAGGAAGUCCAGAAAACAAUGAAUCAGAUAGUAAAUAUGCAGAGGUGAUGUUAUUUAUAAUUAUUGAUGGUCAAAUAGAUGACAAAGGCAUUUCUAACUGCGAGCAACUACAGAUGUUUUUGAAACAAAACAUUGAAAAAAUAAUAGUGCAUGUUACAUGUUCGAGUUCUGGAAUGCAAGAGAAACAUCCACAUAAGUCUCAUUUAAUCUUUCGCUACUCAGAAGAGAGCAAGAAAAUUAAACAGCAUUUGGAAUCAAAGAUUUAAAGGAAAAUAAAGAGGAAAUUGAAAAGAUGUAUUGUUGUUUUUUAAAUAAUAAAUUUGGAGGGAAACGAUUCAAAAAAAAAAAGAUUUGAACGAAUUAAUUUCCUUAAUUUUGUUAAUCACCGAAACUCUCCAAAUUGAAGUGGAAAGAUUUUUGUAGGCAAAUUUUUUUUUUUUUCCUCUCUCUUCCAUUUCAUCUUCAAUAUCUCGUUUUGUUGGAAAUUGGAUUAUGUAAUAUGUAGAAAACACUUUGUGUUUUGUUAAGGAAAAAGUGUGUAUUUUAUAGUUGGAAUUAGUGAGCUACUAUAUGACGAAAGAUUGUUUCAUUGA